AUGGAUGUUGACACAAGAUCCGACGCCACACGACACACUGACUCUUCCGAUUUAAAAAAGAAGUAUAGUCUAAGGACCCAUGUUGGAAAUUUGGCCGGACUGAUAAACUUGGGCAAAAAGCUCAAGACCAUAAAAAGGGAGGCCUUUCAAAAAAGAUAUGGAAAUUUGCUGAAUUUAAUGGAGGUUGAAGUACAAAUACCUGCUAUCACAGCCUUGGCCCAAUAUUAUGAUUCCCCGCUUCGAUGUUUCACGUUUCAAGACUUUCAGUUGGCGCCAACUAUAGAGGAGUUCGAGCAUAUUUUGGGUUUGCCAUUGGAGGGUACUACUCCCUACCAACAUUUAGAACACCAUGCCUCUAUACCCACCAUCGCUGCCCUCAUGAAACUACAUCCCAAGGAGCUGGAAGACAGGAUGAUGAUGAGAAAUCAAUUGCACGGGUUGUCACAAGGAUAUUUGGAGCAAUAUUUACAUCACCUGGUUGAUAAGGAGGAUUGGGAAACCUUCAUGGAUGUUUUAGCCCUCACUAUAUACGGCAUUGUCUUGUUUCCUAAAAUAGAAGAAUUUGUGGAUUACGCCGCAAUAGACGUCUUCGUAGCAAGAAGAACAAGGUCAGAAAAUCCUGUAACAGCGGUUCUUGCAGAUGUGUAUGGGACCUUGAGUUUUUGCCAGGAGAGAAAGGGAAAGAAGAUUCUUUGCUGUUUACCAGNGCUGUAUACAUGGAUGACAGCGCGCGUGUUCAAGGAGAUGGUUGACGUCAGGAGUCUGUCGGAGACUUUGUCACGCCAAGGGCUAAAAGAUAAGGGAGGAAACGACUGGGCCCGUUUCUUUGCUGGCUUGAAUGAAAAAAGUAUAAAAUGGCGUCUUCCUUGGCUCGGAAAUAAACUGCCUAUACAGCACCGUGGUAACUUUCCUAAUGUUCCUCUUAUAGGUGCCCGGUACUGUAUUAACUACAACCCCCUGCUAGUGCAAAGACAAUUUGGGCACCCCAUGAGAGGAGCGCCUUCACCAGAUUACCUUGCUACCCUAUUCAUUUAUUACGAAGAUGGGCAUUUCAUCGAACUGUUAAGAAAGGUUAAAAGUGCCUGGGAAAAUGUUAUUCGAGCAGAAAAAGACUCGAGGAUCGGAGUGGUGGAUAGUAGGGUUAGUUAUCGUACUUGGAUUCUGGAGAGGGUGAAAGUAAUUAAGUUGCCUUUCAGGCCAACCAACAGUCAAUCAGUCAGUGAAGAACCAUCCCAAGCCCCAGAGAAUGAAGAAGUGAAACAAUUGAAGGCUGAGAUGGAGAAAUUGAAGGUGAAGAAUGCUAGACUGGAAAACGAAUUACAGAAGGCGCGUAAUGAUCUUGUGGAUAUGAGGAAUGAUAAUGAAGAAAAAUCACGGGCUUAUGAGAAUAUUGUCAAAAGCCAGAAGGCUGAGAGGGAUUUUACAUUCCGAGUAAAGCAAGAUCUUGCGGCUGCGAGCAAGGAAUUAUCCAUGAGGGCACUCAAUCACUCCUUGCAGCAACUUCCUGGCUGCACCAAUCUGUUUCUGCCAGGAAUUAGUUGGAUCAGCACUACUCUCUCAAGUGCCAGGUUCUGCUUCUCAUUUUCCUAA